AGCCACCCCGCCUGUCCCCGCGUGUCCCCAGCCCUGUCCCCUCGCUGUCCCCAGCCCGAAGUGCGCCUGCUGGUGCCCAGCCCUCCGGGCGCGGGUGUCGCCGCGGGGGUGUCGCUGUCGCCGUGCGAGGAGGCGCUGCCGGACGUGCUGUCGCUGCUGCCGCAGUUCGCGGACCUGAGCACGUUCAUGAUCCAGCAGGUGAUCAAAUUCGCCAAGGAGAUCCCGGUGUUCAGGAGUUUGCCGCUGGAGGCGCAGAUCUCGCUGCUGAAAGGAGCCACGCUGGGGAUCUGCCAGAUCCGCUACAACACCAUCUUCAACCCCGCCACCAAGGCCUGGGAGUGCGGCCAGCGCUGCUACACCAUCCACGACGGGGCCCUGGGUACCGCGGGGACACCGGGGACACCGGGGACACCCGGGACACCGGGGAAUGGGGCAGGACAAGGGGACAGAGCCUAG